GGUGGCGGCGGGGCUGGCGGCGGGGGUGGCGGCGGCGGCGGCGGCGGUGGCGGUGGCGGCGGAGCCGGUUACGUCGGCGGGCUACAGGAACGCGUGCACCAGGCUCCGCGACCGGUCCAGCCCGACAAGUGUCCCUACGAGACCUACCAGGCACAAAUCCCGGAUUGCUGCGCGGCCGCGGUGGCGGCGCAGGACCCGUAUCCACGGCCGCCCAGCGGCUAUGACGCCAGGUGCUACGACGAAUGCCAUCGCAGGACGCCGUAUCAGGAGGAAUCCUACCCUCAGGAUGUAUCCUCGACAUUCCAUCGGCCCCAGUCUAGACUGGGCUACGACGAGCGUCCUCAGUCCCGGGUGGGAUACGCCUCGGAUUCCAGGUGCACCAGCGGGCUCGGAUACGACGACACCGGUGGGGGUUACCUGGAUCAGAGUGACCCGAGGAUGUAUUGCACCGGCGGCUAUUGCAUGGGGGAUACGAUGAUGGCGACGAGCAGAGGUGUAUGCGGCGAGGAGGUCGAGCUCGACAUGCGGAGGCACAUUCAGGCCUGCGCCUGCACAUGCAACCACAUGGGCUAUGGGAAUUAUAUGGACUAUCAGACCACGUGCCUAACAGAACUGCCAGAUGUGGCGCCGUGCAACGGCACCGUACGGCUACCGCCGCCGUGCGAGGAUUCGCCCAGCAGCGGCAGCAGCAAGGAUCGCAGAGACGAGAGUCCUCGCAGGAGAUGUCGGCUGUUGGCGCCUGUCCUGUUCUUAGUGGCCGUCCUGCUCCUCGGAGGUCUCUGUCUGCCGUUUCUACUUCAAUCCGCGCCUGCCACGCACCAGCAGAGGCUGGACGUGAUCAGGAGAAUCCUCACUGAAGUGCCUCUGAUCGACGGGCACAACGAUUUGCCCUGGAACGUCAGAAAGUUCGUACACAAUCAACUUGGCGAGGUCAACCUGAGCAGCGACCUCGGCAGGGUCGACCCUUGGGCCAGAUCAGACUGGAGUCACACGGACAUCCCUAGAUUACGCGCUGGCCUCGUCGGUGCACAGUUUUGGUCCGCCUACGUUCCUUGCGGUGCCGCUCAGUUAAACGCAGUUCAACUCUCGCUGGAACAGAUCGAUGUGAUUCGUCGACUCGCCGAAAUGAAUGCUCAACACUUAACCCUGGUUACCUCUGUUAAAGGUCUCAUUGAGGCGCAUAGAGAAGGAAAAAUCGCAAGUCUAAUCGGAGUAGAAGGGGGUCACUCCCUGGGGAAUUCCUUGGGCGUUCUCAGGACAUUUUACGGUCUGGGAGCGCGAUAUCUUACCUUGACACAUGCGUGCGACACCUCCUGGGCAGUCUGUUCUGUUGGCGAGACGAACAACACUCAGGACUCCACACCGGGUCUCAGCGAAUUUGGGAAAGCAGUUGUCAGGGAAUUGAACAGGCUGGGCAUGUUGGUCGAUCUCUCGCAUGUCUCGACAAGAACGAUGAGAGCGGCUCUGCAGACUACGAGGGCGCCGGUAAUCUUCUCGCACAGCGCUGCCAGGGCGCUAUGCAAUUCCACCAGAAACGUGCCGGACGACGUCCUCAGAAACCUGGCUAAGAAUGGCGGAGUGGCAAUGAUCCCUUUUUAUACCUACUUCAUAACAUGCAACAGCACUGCUACUAUAAAAGACGUUAUUGCACACAUCAAUCAUAUUCGAAAGGUGGCGGGGAUCGAUCACGUCGGGAUCGGGGCAGGUUUCGACGGGAUAAAUUUUACUCCCACGGGCUUAGAAGAUGUCUCGAGGUAUCCACAACUACUGGCCACUCUGCUGGAAGAUCCAGCAUGGACGGAAGAUGACAUCAAGAAGCUGGCCGGUCUCAAUUUACUGAGAGUAUUCGCGAAAGUUGAACAGGUUCGUGACGAGUGGCACAGAGCGGCGGUAUUACCGGUGGAGAAAAUCAGUCCACCAGACAACUCGGCCUGCGUGUAUGGCGCGUCCUGAUCCUCUUUGAGGACGUUCGUGCCGGGAUUUCUCGACUUUGCUCGAUCGCCGAGGAUCCUGCGAGUACCGUGGCAUUACUGGAGCCUGUGAGGACACGUGUUCUGAAUUGCCAAAAGAUCAUAAGAGGAUAUCCACAGAUAUUUCCAACGGAAACGACCAACUAAUCUACACCAAGAGAACUGCCGACUUCUACUUCAGGGACUCCAUCGCGCCUCCAACGAGAAACGAGGAUUCAGCGCGGAAACGCGAUCGGUUCUUCGAAAUGGCGUCGAGAAAGGACCCUUGGAAGAUUAUUUUCAAGAUGAUAUGCGCCAUCGGAUUUGAAAGGAAGAUAUCAAGAUCAGCGCCGUUCACGAUAACGUAAAUUGCGGUCACAUUUGAAAGAUAAUUAUCCGCCUCCUAUAAACGUCACUUAAUUUUAUAAUAUCGGACAAGCGUAAUAACCUCAUAAUGUUAAAGAAAGAUUAAUGACUGUUUUUAACUCGGUACUUCUUACACGCUUAUAAAUUAUUCGGCAUGAUUUUGCGAUUAUUUGUCAGGCAUUUCCGUCCAGACUUCAAACUUAACUUAAUAAUCCGGAUAUACAUAUUCAUCAUUUCGCAAUUUGCAUCAGGAGCAUUAAAGCACACGUGCUAUAUAUAUAUUCUAACUUGAAAUAAAUAAUAAUCAUAAAAUACAUGGAAAUAAAAGCAUGAAUCACGAUUUCGUAACAUCUCGCUACCUUUCUGGCGCAUCAAGAUAAAUUCGCAAAGACACAGCUAGCUUAUACUUGAGUUAUUUUAUUAAUCGCAAGGCGGUCGGAAAAAUCUUCAAAAAAGUUCUCUUUCAAAAAAAUAAAGACUAAAUUCUUAACGCACACUUAGUAUCAAUUAUGGUCGCCUGAAUCUCAUAUUAUGUGUUUACAACAUGCGCAGCACACGAUUUCCAUAUAUUAAAUUAACAAAAUACAGAAUCAGACAGCCAUAUAUUAAAUAUGCAAGAAUAUACAGAUAGAAUGAACAGAUAGAAUGAACAGAUUAUAGGUGAUUAAUCGUAUAAAAUUCCUGACGUUGAACUGAAAACAAAAUACGUAUUGAAUGCAGCACGAUUGUCAUUGUAGCCAUAUUGUUUUUUAUAUUUUGAUUUGAAGACAAAUAUAAAUGUCAUUACUAUCAUACAUCAAACAUCAUUACAAUUAGAUACAA